GCUUUAGGAAACUUUUAUUUUAUACACGAAGCGAUAAAAGAAGCAUCUUUAUGGGAUUUUAAUGAACAAGAGUUUUUACCUGUCACUGAAAAAACCACAUACUCUGGGAAUAUAGAACAUGUUUCCACAAAAGAAAAGUCAAAAUUUCCUCAAGAAUUUUUUCCAGAAUGUAAAUGGUCUCGCAAAGGAUUUUUAAGAACUAGAUGGAAGAUAAAUGGUACUGUAUUUGAUCUCAUAAAUAUUCAUUUGUUUCACGAUGCUUCAAAUUUUACUGCGAUGCAAUCUCACUCUUCUGUGUAUUCUGUCAUGAGACAAAAAGCACUUGAAUACACGUURGAACGGUUUCGUAAUUAUGAUUCUGGAUUUGCUCCAUUUUUUUUAUUUGGAGAUUUUAAUUUUCGCACGGACACUAAAGCUGUUAUAAUGAAAAUAGUUGAGGGAUUGGACGUGGUAAAAGAUGAUGUUGAUAAAGAUAACUUAGUUUUUCAGUAUACAGACGAUUCAAAUGAAGUUAUUUUUACUUUGAGGAAAAAAGAAUUUCGACAUCUGGACCAUCAAAAUACUUUUAUGUCAAAAAGUGGAUCAUGGUUAAAAGAUUUUGAUCAUGAAUUAAAAUCAUUCGAAGAUCAAUUAUUUGAAUUUCCYAUAAAUUUUCAACCAAGUUAUCCAUUUGAAGAAAAUGAACAUGAAGGAAUGAAUUAUAUGCAAACAAGGUGCCCAGCUUGGUGUGAUAGGGUAGUUUUAAGCGCUGGUGCUAAACUUCUAAUAAAUGAAAAGGUAACUAUUAUAUUCAAGCUGUAUAUGAAAUUGUAA